GAGAAAUUGGGGCCGUAUUUACAGAGUGUCUCAGAGUUUCUACUUUUAGGAGUAAGAGCAAUUAAUCAACAUUCCUAACCCAGAAAGUCACUCCUAUUUCCACCAAAAUGUAGGAGAGGUCUGGAGGUGUGCCAACUGGUUAGGAGUAGCGAGGGAAUGGUGUAAUGAGGAAAACAGUCAACACGGGCCCUGGAUCUGGACCCAUCUGUACCUGCUCCGUCCCAGUAGAAAUCGUGUCUGAUGUUGGAGUGAUGAAGAAGAUCAGCUCAUUGUUCUCCUCUGUACAGGACAAACUGCAAAAAGACAAAGGUGAGAAAAAGGUGUCACCCCCUCCUGCAGAUGCUCCACCCCCAUUUGAGUGCACACACCCAUUUUUCGAGUACCUGGUGGUGGUAAGUGUGAGGAAGAGGAGCGGCGGUGAUGAAGGCUACGAGCCGCAGAUCAUCUAUCAGUUCCCCAAAGCGAGCGGCCAAUCACAGCAGAGGGAGGAGGAGCCCUGCCUACGCGCCAUCAAGCUCUUCUGCUUCCCUGAGGGGGGCAAUUGGGCCCCGCUCACUGAGUACUGCAGUGAGACGUUUUCGUUUGUCCUGACUGAGGUGGACGGUAGCAGGAGGAACGGGUACUGCAGGAGACUACUGCCAUUAGGGAAAGGAGCACGCCCCCCAGAGGCCUACUGCAUAAUCAGCACUCUUGCCUGCUUCAGCCUUUUCUCCAAGAUCUUUGACGAGGUGGAGAAGAGGCGUCAGAUCUCCAUGGCGAUGAUUUAUCCGUUCAUGCAGAGUCUGAGAGAAACACCGUUUCCUGCUCCAGGAAAAACUGUAACAGUUAAGAGCUUCAUCCCCGAGUCUGGAACAGAGGUGAUCAGUCUGACCCGCCCCCUGGACUCGUGGCUGGAGCACGUGGACUUCCGCUCGCUCUUCCUGUGUUUAUCAGAUGAAGAGAUUCUGCAGGUUUUUGCUGCCGUGGUGCUGGAGAGGAGGAUCGUCUUCAUCGCUGAGGAGCUCAGCACCCUCUCUCAGGUCCUACACGCCGUCGCUGCUCUGCUCUUCCCCUUCAUCUGGCAACACACCUUCAUCUCCAUCGUCCCUAAAGUUCUCCUCGAUGUGUACUUGGCACCAACGCCGUAUCUCCUAGGCAUCCAGAGGAACCUGCUGCACCUGCUCACCGAGCACACUGACCUGCUUAUCGUCGACCUGACCAGCCAAUCAGAGAGAAAGUUCAUCAGCAGAAUCGGGGACGAGGACACGCUGAUCCCAAGGAGACUGCAGGAGGAGCUGCUGCAGGACCUCUGCAAACGCAAACAGGACGCCACUACAGAGGAGCUGAACCGCAUGGUGUCUGAAGCUUUCCUCAGCUUUUUUGUGAAAACUGUUGGACAUUUUGAGGAUCACUUUAAGCGCCCGGGAGGAAGAAAGCAGCCGAGAACGUUCCAGAAGAAAGGUUUCCUUAAAGCCGUGGAGCCGAAGGAGAACCGGAACUUCGUCCGACAGUUUGUCCAAACGCAGAUGUUCGACCUGUUCAUCCAGGAGGAGGAGAAACACCCGAGACAUGAAGGAUUUUUUCACAAGAAAGUUAUGGAGUUUCAGCAAAGGAGGAAGGAGCAGCUGAGGAGUGGAGGAGUUAAAGGACUCGUCAUCUGAGUGUGUGUGUGUGUGUGUGCGCGCGCAUCUCAGUAAAUCAUGUGUAAGACAAGUUUAAAACAAUAUAAAAAUAUCAGUUUAUUUAUCUUAGACAGUUAAUGCAUUCACUGUUGAACAGUUUUGUGUGUGUGUGUGUGUGUGUUUCACAGCUGCUUGUUCAUGCACUUUGUUCAUUCAAAAUAAAAUCUAAUGUAAAAUAAA